GGUUUACACUUUUUUUUUCGAGAAGUGUCGAGAUAUGAGUUGUUUCUGGGAAAGAAGAUAACAUCUGCGUUAGAGUUGUUGCAUUUAGGUUUUGCUCCCAUAAUUCUGAUAGACUGAACAAAUUUAACGAGAAAGUUGAAGGUAAACAGGACAUAUUAGUUGGAUGACAGGCUGUUUUUUUUAUUUUCGCUAAACUUUAUUUAAAACCUCCUGCAGAACAUUACAGCUCGAACUAACGUGCGCCCUAACAACAACAUACUGACUGUGCUGAUGGGAAAGGAAGAAACUGCAGGGUUUUAAUUACCUAAGUAAGAACUGAGCUAUUGUAAGGUACACACAGCAACAGCAGCUUUUUGUCAGAGUUUUGUUUAGCUUUAGUUAGAUAGCGGUUUCGUGUCGUUACACUUAUCUUAUGGCUCAAACAGUCAGCUCUGAUGCUCCGAGCAGCUAGCAUGUCGAGCUAGCAGACUGGAGGCAUCAUUAACUUUAUCUGCAGAGUCGACGCGUCCAGUGGGAUAUGUAGCUAAUCUAAAAACGUCAGAUAGAUAUCUAAACCAUGGAUAGAUAGUCUGGUUGAUCAAAAAAUAUCACUGUCUGUGAGCUGAACAGACUUGAGUCCAGUAUGAGUGCAGCAGCCGGGGACGGGGAGCCUGGGACUUUCCUGGAUAACGCCAAGGAAGAUCUCAGUGGUACCUGCACAGGAGACACCUGCAAACGAGUAAGUUCAAGACUGAGCAGGGAAACGGACAACUGAAAGGGAUAUUAUAUAUAUAAAAUUAAUUUAGGGUCAAACACACCGUAAUACCGAGUCAGACACCCCCUCGAGAGAUGAAUGUUGCAACUCACCUACUCUCUUCCAGCAGCUGCUUGUUUGUAGAGAGACCUCAGGCCAGUCCAUUACGGACGACAGCCGGGUGACGCAGCUCAAGGAAGAACAUUUAUGAUCAUGUCUUCAUGGAAAUGCAAUCAAACCAAGACUCUAAGGCAGAAAAACUGCCGCGUCUGCAGUGCAAAAUGAUAAAUAUGAUGAUUAUUACUUCAAGGAAAUUAUAAAGUAAUGAUCAUAAAUGUUCUUCCUUGACCUGCGUCACCCCGCUGUAGUCCAUAAUGGAUCUUGCUACAAACAAGCGACUGCUGGAAGAAAGUAGGUGAGUUGUUAGUCUCUUUGCAAAAGAAAUUAAGCAAAGCUAACAAGAUGUUUGGUGGCUAAGAUAUUUGUUGUAUUGUUGAUUUCAACAUUACCUGAUUUCUUGAUUCACCGGACACAGUGUUUAAGUGUCAAUCUAAGGAUAACAAAUGUUAAAUUUGUAGCAGGGAUGAAGAAAACAAAUCUGACUCUUGAACAAACUUUAACCUAACUUAACUCCUAAGUCCUUUACGGUUCAAACUCAUUUUCAAGGCAAAAAUUCAAGACACCUUGUAAAACAUGUCACACUGAACCAUGACAUAGAUGAAAGAGAAUCUAUAUAGACACAACACUCUGUAUUGUUCACUUGUUUGGUGUCACCUCACCAAUUGAGUUCAGGGCUGGGGUUAAAAAAAAACAAAAAAAAACAACCAUCAUGUAUAUUAUUAUGAAAAAGACCAAGGAUGGAAACUAGGACUGGUAUGAGGAAUAUCAGGAACCAACCCAAGGCUUUUGAUAUCACAUGUGUCAAAGGUUCGUGGAAAAGUUUGAUAGAAAAACAAAAACAAAGAGAGAGAGAGAGAGAGGAUGAUGAUAUUGAGGAUGACACUGACUAUUCAUUUUUCUUUGGUAUUGACACUGAUUGAAUGCAUUAUGGCUGUUGAAAAGUAGUCAGUGGGUUUGAUAAAAUGGUGAAAACUUGAUCUUGUUCCUUUUAUACAACUUUGGGCAAGAAGUACUGUGUAUUUUUGUUGAAUAUGACAGCUGGUAUUGUUGUCCAGGUGUGUUUUUUUUAUAUUAAUUAUAGCCUUUGUCUCUUUCAUUAGAAAGAGUCAAUUAAACUAUCAAUAUGAUGCUUUGCUUUGUUAUCUUGCAGGACUCUGCAGUAUGCACAGGCAGUACCGAAAUAAAGAGCCGCGCUGUGGUCAAAUAUUCAGCCGCUCCACCUCCCACCAGUUAUGCCCUGCUGCAGGAGAAGACAGAUCUGAAGCUGCCGCCCGCAAACUGGCUGAGAGAAAACCCCCAGCUGGGCAGUGCCGGCACCACCGUGUUAGGGUCCAGCAGCAAGAGCAAGCCUUUUUCCAGGUACAUCAGGAGAAGUACAGUUUCCAGUUGUUUUGUUGCUCUGGUGUGAAUACUUGUUGGUCUAUCGAAGAAUUUAGUUUUAUUUGUUACAGAAAAGACACUGUCCGUUUUAAAGGAAAAAUUGUCGAAUGCAGUCUUUUACAAAACCUGAUCAGAUAAAUGGGGCCAACCUGUUGAUUGUUGUGCAUUUAAUUUGUACAGUUUUGGUUUGGUAGACUUGAAAAAGACUUACUGAUCCCAGACAUUAGAUUAACAAAUACAAACUUGUUUUUGGCCUCUCAACCUUCACCCUAAUAGUGUGAGUUUUUGCUGUUAUAAUCUUGUCCCACCACACAGUUGUGAUGAAUCACUUUUUUUCUUCUGCAGUUUCGGGAUGGCUUAUGACUUCAUUGACUGCAUUGGGGAUGAUGUUGACGUCGUAUCAGACUCGGAGGUUUGUGGAGAUGAGACUUUUGAACAUUUGUGUCCUUGGAUCUGGAGAAAAUGUCCAAAUACUUGAUCAAAAUAUUUUUUUUUCUCUCAUUCAGAACAUCAAGAAGCUUCUGAAAAUUCCUUACAGCAAGUCCCACGUCAGUAUGGCUGUUCAUCGGGUGGGGAGGACUUUGCUUAUGGAUGAGCUGGACAUCCAAGAGCUCUUCAUGAGCUCCUCACAGGUACAUGAGGACUUUCUUCAGACUUGUACUGUACCUGAUUGUUUGAAGUAUGUAGCUGUAGUGGUGUAUUCUCAUUGCUGCUUGUGUGUUUAUAGACAGGUGAUUGGACGUGGCUCAAAGAGUUUUACCAGCGAUUUAUAGAUCAGAAGUGGCAGAGGAAGAAGAAGAGCAAAGAGCACUGGUAUCAGAAAGCAAUUCUGUCCAAGUUCCUCUACUACAGGUGAGUACAAGUGUGGGCUCAUCAUGGGAGCUAAGGUGCAUCUUGGACAGCCUUAUUACUUAACAACCAUUGUUUCAUUUCCAGUAUAAAUGGUGAUGGAGCUGCAGAGCCUGUACCAGACAGCCUGAAUGAAGGAGAAGAGGAGAAUGGUGCAGGGGAGUUGAGUUCUUCAUGGCCGACCACCUUCACAAGCCCAUCGCCUGAUGCAGAAGAACGAGAUGCUCCCAAGCAGGUAGAGCAUCCUGACUUUUGGACUGUUGCUUCAUAGUGUUUAGUCAUAAAGGUCAAGUCUCUCCAAAACUAUUCCAAAUUUUAGAAAGGAGUGUGGACUAAUUAAAUGAGAUUUUUAUUUGUUCAGAAUGCAGUAACAUUUCUGCUCUUAAAUGUGCAGGAAAGUGUCCCCAUGGAAAGCAAGUUUGCUCUGGGACAGGUGACGUCAGUACCGAAAGAGCAAAACCUGCCUAUGCUCUUCAACGAAGGAGAGAACAGCCAGGUAAAAAAGCAAAAAACUUUUCCUCAAUGUUAAUCUCCUAUAAAGUCAUGUUUAAUGUAAACCUGAAUGCAGGGUUUUCUAACACUUUGUUGACGUCUUUCACAGGGUUUAAAGAACGACUUUGUGCGAAACAUCAUGUGGACAUUUGAGGAUAUCCACAUGUUGGUUGGGUCCAACAUGCCUAUUUUCGGAGGAGGUCGCUAUCCAGCCGUCAGUCUGAGACUCAGGUUUGAAUUUUCGAUUCUUUAUCUCUAUCAAUUAGGCUUGAUACAGUCGGUUUACUUCACAUUUCACAUUUGUGAUGCAGUUGUCUCCUAGUGUUUUUUUUCUUUCCUUCAGUGCCCAUGUCAGACAGUUCAUGCAAAUUAAUCUUGAAUUAACACCUAGAGUGACAGUUUGUGUUCAGGGAGUAUUCAGUUGUUUCCCACUGAGCAGUUUUUGGUCUAAAAGAGGUCUAAAUGUUGCCUAGAUGACUGGUCUAAAAUCAGGCUACCACAGGUCUAAAAUGAGAGUUUUUUCAGAUGUCUAAAUUUAGACCAAGUCUAAAUCUGGGUUUUAUCUACACUCACCGGCCACUUUAUUAGGUACACCUGUCCAACUGCUCGUUAACACUUAAUUUCUCAUCAGCCAAUCACAUGGCAGCAACUUAGUGCAUUUAGGCAUGUAGACAUGGUCAAGACAAUCUCCUGCAGUUCAAACCGAGCAUCAGUAUGGGGAAGAAAGGUGAUUUGAGUGACUUUGAACGUGGCAUGGUUGUUGGUGCCAGAAGGGCUGGUCUGAGUAUUUCAGAAACUGCUGAUCUACUGGGAUUUUCACGCACAACCAUCUCUAGGGUUUACAAAGAAUGGUCCGAAAAAGAAAAAAUAUCCAGUGAGCGGCAGUUCUGUGGGCGGAAAUGCCUUGUUGAUGCCAGAGGUCAGAGGAGAAUGGCCAGACUGGUUCGAGCUGAUAGAAAGGCAACAGUGACUCAAAUAACCACCCGUUACAACCAAGGUAGGCAGAAGAGCAUCUCUGAACACACAGUACAUCGAACUUUGAGGCAGAUGGGCUACAGCAGCAGAAGACCACACCGGGUGCCACUCCUUUCAGCUAAGAACAGGAAGCCUCAGAACAGGAAACUGAGGCUACAAUUUGCACAAGCUCAUCGAAAUUGGACAAUAGAAGAUUGGAAAAACGUUGCCUGGUCUGAUGAGUCUCGAUUUCUGCUGCGACAUUCGGAUGGUAGGGUCAGAAUUUGGCGUCAACAACAUGAAAGCAUGGAUCCAUCCUGCCUUGUAUCAACGGUUCAGGCUGGUGGUGGUGGUGUCAUGGUGUGGGGAAUAUUUUCUUGGCACUCUUUGGGGCCCCUUGGUACCAAUUGAGCAUUGUUGCAACGCCACAGCCUACCUGAGUAUUGUUGCUGACCAUGUCCAUCCCUUUAUGACCACAAUGUACCCAACUUCUGAUGGCUACUUUCAGCAGGAUAAUGCGCCAUGUCAUAAAGCUGGAAUCAUCUCAGACUGGUUUCUUGAACAUGACAAUGAGUUCACUGUACUUAAAUGGCCUCCACAGUCACCAGAUCUCAAUCCAAUAGAGCAUCUUUGGGAUGUGGUGGAACGGGAGAUUCGCAUCAUGGAUGUGCAGCUGACAAAUCUGCGGCAACUGUGUGAUGCCAUCAUGUCAAUAUGGACCAAGCUCUCUGAGGAAUGAUUCCAGCACCUUGUUGAAUCUAUGCCACGAAGAAUUGAGGCAGUUCUGAAGGCAAAAGGGGGUCCAACCCGUUACUAGCAUGGUGUACCUAAUAAAGUGGCCGGUGAGUGUAUACUGCACUGUAUAUUGCUCAACAGCUAUCAUAGUUAUUUUAGUUAAGUACUUGAAGAUCAGUUAUACAACUCACAGUUGCUUUUUGAAAUAAAUAGUUAUCGAAUAAUGGGUUAAAGUGCAACGUCUAAAUUCUGUCUAAAAAUAUAAAGAAUCUAGACGAUUGAAAUCAGGUCUAAAAAAACUAGACGUCUAACAGCUGUCUAUUGCUCAGUGGGAUUAUACAUGGUUACAAAUUGCUCAUGGCUUGUCAGUUUUUAAUUAAAAUGUGAAACACAAAUCUAACUUCCACCUCUGCAGCCUCAUCAGUUACACACACACCCUGUUAUUCUUCAUUAUCCUGUUUAUUCUAAUGUGUGACUUUCUCACUGUUUUCAGGGACAACAAUAAACCAAUCAACAUCCUGACAGGGAUUGACUACUGGCUGGACAAUCUGAUGUGUAAUGUCCCAGAGCUAGUCAUGUGCUUUCACGUCAACGGCAUCGUUCAGGUAAAUCACACUGUCAUUUUUGUCAUAACUAUAUUCCAUCAUCAUAUGCUAUGAUUUAUGAAAUGGCAGGUUUAUAAUUCAUCUGCCUUUUUUAAUCUCUCCUCUAGAAAUACGAAAUGAUAAAAACAGAGGAAAUCCCUCACUUGGAGAACUCCACCUUCUCUACAAGAGUGGUGAAAGAUAUCGCUCAAAAUAUCCUCUCUUUCCUCAAGUCCAACUGCACCAAAGAGGGUCACACCUACUGGCUUUUCAAAGGUGACACAAGGGAACAGGCUCGACUUUUGAAGUCCUUGCUCUUGUAUGUUUUGCUCUUGUUGUUUUGAUGUUUCCUAUCAUGUUGUUUUAAUCCACAGCUAGUGGGAGUGACAUAGUGAAGCUUUAUGAUCUCACCACUCUGUGUGAAGAGGCCGAAGAGGAGAAAUGUCAGAAUCCCUUCACUCUGCCCGUGGCUGUGUUACUCUACAAGUGAGUAUCUGGGAAAGACUCGGGGCAGGAGCAGGUUUAUGGGUUACUGCUGACUGUCAAAAAAUCCAAAUGCAAAAUCUGAAAGGGUUGAUUCUGUUUGGUCAGCUCCCUAAAAUAUUAAGAAUAAGUUAAAAAAAAGUGUGGUUUGGUAUGAGUAGAAAAGCAAACAACAAGUCACUGGUAUGUUUUGUAAUCUUGAGUAUUGUUAUGAUGAGUUUUAUAUACAUCAGACAUAAUUCACAAAAAGGAAGCAGCUGUUACACCUUGUUGUUCUUCUUGGUGCAGAGUUGCCAGCAACUUGAUGCUAAAGGGGAGACAAAACAGAAAGCACUACGGCACAGUACGAACUCUGCUACUAAACUGCGUCAAACUUCUGGACCAGGAGAGGCAUCCUCAGGUUAGUCCCACACUUCAAUCAAAGCCACAAUUAGAUUAUAGAGGGGAAGACACGACUGGAAAGCAAGGAGAUGAGGGAUAUUGACAAAUUAACUGGAUCGGAUAUCUGAUGAAUGAUGCCAAACCAGCGUUCCGAUCCAGUCUUUUUUUCUCCUUUUAAUAAAUUUUUCUUUUAUUGUCUUACUUAUUUUGCUGUGUGCUAAUGUUCAAUUUGUUAUUUAUUAAUAAAUAAUAAGUGAAUCUGAGGUAGAUGUUCAGAUUUGAUUGAUACUGACUCCUAUGGAUCUCCUGUUUGUUCAGAUCAUUGCGUCAGCUCACUACAUGCUGUCGGAGCUGUUCCAGCUGGACGAGCCUCCCCAAGAAGAUGAAGAGGAGUCGCUUCGGGCCGGGGGCUCUGAGGACAGCUACAGUGAUGAAGACAGGGAGGAUGAAGAUGAGGAAGAGGAGGAGGCGGAGCUGCUGGAGGACAGCGAUGAGAACAACUCCUACAGCUCUUGCUCCAGAUCUCAGGAUGACAGCAAAGCUGUGGCGGUGAUUCGCUCUGUCUGGGAGCUGUCGGUCCCAGAGAAAUACAAAUCCACCCACCAGAUCAGAGUGAGAGUUUUUUUUAAUAGAUGUUCCAUUUUCACUCUGACCCUGACUUUGAUAAUUGAUCUUCCAUUUUCUCUUAUUUCUGAAGCCAAGUGGCCCUUUCCCUGUUUCUCAAGACAAGGAGGAGAAAUGUAGACAUGUGCUGAGCUAUGUGCUAAAGGCAAGAUCGCAUAAUGAGUACAUACAGUGCAAAUGAUAUGGUGUAAUUAACUGUAUUAGUAAUGGCUGCAAUACACCACACAGGGGCUGAAGGCAGUGGAUGGCAGCAUCAAGAAGGAGAGCGAUCUCCCAGCUGCAGAUCCAAACACACCCAUUCCAUUAAAAUACGAGGACAGAAGCGCAGCCUGCUCUGCUGAGACGGGCAUCUCUCUGCUCCUCGAAAGAGGUCCGUAUGUCCAAAGUGGUUUUUGCUCUUGACUGCCAGAACAUUUUUUUUGUCAUUUAAACUCGCUCACUCUGAUAUUUGUGUGUAUGCGUCUCCAGCUGGGCCAUUGCAAGCAGACCAAAAACACCCGACACGUUCAGGGAUGAUCCCUGGCUCAUGGCAGCACCGUAUGAAACUGCAGCUCUUUCUCAAAGCUUCCAAGGCCUAUUAUGUCCUGUCAGACGCAGCCACCAACCUGCUCAAGUACGGGCGAGCUCUGCGAUACAUCAAGCUAUCGCUGCAGUGUUACGGUAAGCUUGCUGUAGUGCUACAGUAACUUUAAGACAUAUUUUAGAUAUUUAGUAACUUUUGUAUGCUUGAAUUGAAAAGUGUAGACUUUUUUUACUUGUAAAAUAAUCAUAACAUGAAGCAACACAUUAAGUAAACUCUUCUUUUUUUUGUCCCCUUCAGAUGCCUACUGUUCAGUGAGCAGCACUCUGCACCCACAGGUGCUGCAGUUUCACAGCCAGUGCCUGUCUCUGUGUGGGGACAUCCAGCUGAUGUUAGCCCAGAAUGCCAACAACAGAGCUGCCUACCAGGAGGAGUACAGCUACCAGACCAAAGAGGACCAGGAGAUCCUGCACAGCCUUCACAGAGAGAGCAGCUGCCAGGGUCAGCCACUAAAGAAGUGAUGCUUUCUGUCCUGAUUGACAGAAAUAAGAGGGGUUUGAUUAUUUAAUGAACAGUCCAUCACUGCACAUGAAAUUGACCUGUGUUUUAUUUUCUCCUGUCAAGCCUUCAAUAUGGCGACUGACCUGGCCAUGGACCCGGAGUAUCAGCUGUUUAUUAGCAGUAAGUGCUAUGAAGCGGCAUACGAGCUGCUGGUCUCUGAGGCCUUGGCAGAUCAUGACUCUGAUCAGCUGGCUCGCGUGCUCAAAAGAUUGGGAAACAUCCGUAAUGAGAUGGGAGUCUAUUACAUGAACCAGGCAGCCGCCUUGCAGACUGAGAAAGAAGGUAUGUUCCAAAAAUAAAACAGAGGGAGCGAAGAGAAUUCAAGCCCUUAGAUUUUAUGUAGUUAUCUAUUUAACAUACAUGCUUUAAGGAAUGUUGAAUGUAAUAAAAAUAAAAUAUUUUACCAUUAGUUUUCAAAUUAACACCCUUUACUUCCCCCUCCAGUGAAAAAGUCGGUGUCAGUAGUGGAGCAGGAGAUGUGGAAGAAGAGUUUUGCCUUUUUUGAGAAAGGUAUCACAGACUUUGAAGCCAUCAGGGACAGAACAAACACGGCCUUGUUGCUGUGUAACACCGGCAGGCUGAUGAGAAUCUGCGCUCAGGCUCACUGUGCCGUUUCUACCGACCAGAGCAGAGGGGAGUUCUCACCUGAGGAGGCGCUUUACUACAACAAGGUGUCGUGUCUAAACCUUGAAGUCUGUCUUGUUGGACUUUGUUUCGGGGGGGGAAAAGAAACCUUUUACAUGUUUUCUUGUUCUACCUAGGCCAUUGACUACUACCUGCGAGCUAUGAAGGCACUCGCAAGUCGAGACAGCCACCCAGCAGUUUGGGACAGUGUGAACUGGGAACUCUCCACCACCUACUUCACUCUGGCUACACUUCUGCAGGACUACGCCCCGCUAUCCAGGAAGGCCCAGGAACAGGUAGGUCGCACGAUAUACUGGGAUCUAAACUCAUCAGUGUGUUUGAUUAUUUAACUUUUUAAAAACUUUAAAGGGCAAAAUCCUAAUUUAAAAUUAUCAUUUAGUGUUAACUUUUUCCGCAUUUUCAGCCUUUUUUUGUAUCUGUAAUGAUCAAAGAUUUGACCAAACUUUGCACCCAUUGUCCCUUUGUGUGUGUGUGCUCUCAGAUUGAGCGUGAGGUUACUGAGGCGAUGAUGAAGUCUCUGAGGUACUGUGACCUACAGACUGAAUCAGCUCGACAGCCGCUCUACCAGUACAGAGCGGCCACCAUCCACCACCGUUUGGCUUCCAUGUACCACAGCUGCUUUCGAAACCAGGUCAGAGGCCGAGUCUUCAAACCAAAACUGUUUGUGUUUCAUCUUUGUCUUUGCUUAGACAUAGACAGCAACUGUUAAUCAGAAAAUAAGAGUACAGGCUGCCCGAAAAACAACAAGUGGUGAGUGGAUGUAUGUAUUUAUUCAGGGUAUCCGCAGGGUCUUAAACAGUUUUUAAAACGUCUCAAAACCAAUAAUUUGAAUUUAUGGCCUUAAAAUGUCUAAAAUUCUCUUAAAAUCUUAUGAAAUGUCUUAAAUACGAUUUUCUAAAAGGUCUUAAUGUAUUAACUCUACUUACAAAUAAAUUACUUGGGGUAGAUUGAUUAAAAAAUGUAAAAUGUUCCAAUUUCUCUUCAUCUUUUUUGUCCCUUUUUGCCAGUAUUGAUGUUUAAUGGGUCUUUAUUUGUAUUCUUUACAGUCUUUAAAAAGUCUUAAAUCCAAUAAUUUAAAUUUAAGGCCUUAAAAUGUCUAAAAUUCUAUUAAUAUCUUAUAAAAUGUCUUAAAUACGAUUUUGUAAAAGGUCUUAAAAUGUAUUAACUCUACUUACAAAUAAAUUACUUGGGGUAGAUUGAUUAAAAGUAAUGGAAAACGUUCCAAUUUCCCUUCAUCUUUUUUGUCUUUUUUUUGCCAGUAUCGAUGUUUAAUGGCUCUUUAAUUGUAUUAAUUACAGUCUUCAAAAAGUCUUUAAUUUGACUUGUUGAAACCUACAGAGAUCACUUAGACUGGUGCGUAUGUAUUUGUUUGUUUUCAGGUGGGGGAUGAACACUUGAGGAAGCAGCACCGCAGCCUAGCAGAGCUGCACUACAGCAAAGCUGUCUGUCUGUUCCUCAGCCUUAAAGACGCUCCCUGUGAGCUGCUCCGCACCUUACUAGAGAGAGUGGCCUUUGCUGAGUUUACUAUGGCAGGUCAGGAAUUGUUCAUCGUGAUGAAUAAUGUGAUGUUUAGUUUGAAUCUACCUUAAAAGUAUGUUAUGAUCUACAUGAUGUCUCCUUAGGUCAGAGCAGCAGUGCCGCGAAGCUCAAGAGUCUGACUGGAGCGAUAGAGAUCAUGACAGAAACUCGCUUUGCUUUCCAGAUGAUUCAGAAAGAGCUUGUGGAGGGAGAGCUGGAGGUAACUAUCUCACAUACCUCAUCAUCUCUACAAAGCUCAGGUUUUUCUACUCUUUUUUUCUUAACAGCUCAACAUCUUUUCCUUUCACAGUUGAAUGAACCAAAACCUGCUGAACCAGCACCGUCUCCUGACAUAGUCAGUGGCCCCGCCUCUGGACUGAACCUCCAGGAAGUGAUGAAGCUGAUUGGCGUGUUCGAGCCGAGUUUCUCUUUCCUGCUGCUGCAGGUGAUCAAACUGAUGACGACGAUGAAACGGAAACCAAGGUGAGUGACUAUCUAAAACCUUUACUUCUAACCUGAUUGCCUAUUUCAAAUUCAGAUUACACAAUUGAUACACAUUAAUAUGCACUUACUACCCCAAUACAGAAAGAUCUAUACGUUUCAUCUCUUUGGGACUAACUUUCAGACCUUUUUUUUAAUGGUGGUCCUUAAAAAGUAGUUUAACAGGCUUUUUCUAUGGUAUAUUUCUCUAAUACAGUAAGUAGGUAUUAUCCUCUAAACUACUUGUAUAACAGUUUUCCCCCCUGAUCACUUUAUUUAUAUUAAUUGCAGCAAUAAGGAUGAAGAGCUGUUAAAAACCUACAAGAACGUCUACUCCAAGCUGCUGCGAGCUGAGAAAAACGCUCCCCUCCUCAGCCGCGUCUCGCUCCACAUCGAGCUCCUGCAGCAGCUGACUCCACAAACAGAAAGUGACGACACUGGGGCCCAUUCCUGAUAACAACACAAACCACAGGGGGAGGAAUACAUUCAAGACUUUAACUCUGAACUCUGCACCCACUCUGGGGAACACUCAGACACCAUCAUUUUUGACGGGCUCAUGCUCAGGCAACACUCUGAAUAACAGUUUUAAAGCUAGUUCACCUUCUGCGCCUUUAAACCAAUGAAUCAUUUUCUAACAUUUGCAUCACAUGUUCUGAAUUGUACAUUUAUGUUAAAAAGACUUGUAAAUUCAGAAGAUAUUAUUUAAUUUUCUUAUUCCUUCAAACAUGUGAAGCUCCUUUGUGAAGGAUGUGUUUACUGCUCCAAACAUCACCUGGGUUGCCUCAUUUUUCUACAAACAUACAACAAAAGAAAAACAGUAAGAUCACAUAGAAAUUCUUCACAUAGGAGCUCAAAGAGACAAAUCAUUUAGCACAUGCGGAAAAUCUUGCAUUUCAGUGAUAUAAUUGGUGUUUUUGAUAUUCAAUGAUACCAGUAACGCUGUGAAUAAAACACGUGGAUGUGGAUGACAGCUGACAAGCUUAACUGAGCUUGGACACCAUAUUUGCUUUCCAAAACAAAAAUGUGCAAUAGUUCGGCAACAUCCAAUGCAAACUUGGCGGCUUGUGUGUCCACAAUGCUGUAUGUAUUUAUGUGAGUUUAUAUCGGCAUGAUUUGCUGUGACAUGGAAUAAAAGGUUUGUAAAUUUUAUGAA